UUAGAGCACUAUCGCAUAGCAGGUAUUCGGAAACUGCGUCAUAACCUGCCGGAAAGCUAUCAACUGCUGUCGCGUUAUAACUAGCCUAACGAGACAUCGCCUGAGUCGCUUCUUCCAAGUUUCUGGAAACCAACCAUGAGUGAUAACGUUCCACCGGACCUUGCUGCAAAAGAAAUGGAAGCCGAGCUCGCCGAGAAGGCAUCGGAGGAUGAUGCGGAGCCUAGCAGUGGACCAGCCAGCGCAGAGCCGGCUGCGCCGGUGGAGGAGGUCGCCUUUAAGAUACAGUUCGGGAAGAACAACUCGGAUGUUAAGCGGCCAUAUGAUUCCACAGUCGGCGAAUUGAAAGGCGAAAUCGAGAAACAGCUGGGCAUUCCCUCGAAGCUCCAGAAGCUCAUGUGCAAGGGAUCUGCUCUCAAGGACGAUGGUGCCACUCUGCGGCAGGCGGGUCUGAAGGAGGGCGCCAAGCUGCUCCUGAUCGGCAGCAAUCCCAGCGCAGUGGACGCAGCCAAAGCGGCUGCAGCGGGUGCGAGCGCCGGCGGCGAGUGGGAUGCGCCGAAGAACGAGGAGCCCAUCCACAAGCAGACGCAGCACGCCAAGGUGCUAGCCAAGGGAGUCCCCGACGGAGCGCUGCCGGGUAUUGCCGAGCGGCAGGUGCCGCUGGAGGACAAGAUGACCGCCAUCCCGGGGCUGCUGAACAGCCAGGGGAGCAAGCUGCGCCUCACGUUCAAGGAGGAGCUGCAGCAGCUCUGGCUGGGCUCCGAAACCGCCACUCAGAAGGUCCCGUACGGCACCGUUUCCAAGAUCGAGUCCUGGCCGCUGCCGGACCACCCCGGCUACUCGCUCCUGGCGCUGCACCUGGGCACCGGCGGCGUGUCCAAGUACUGGAUCUAUUUCUUCCCCAGCCAGUACGUGGCGGGACUCAAGAUACGCGUGCUGGGAGUGCAGUCGCUCAUUUGAGCGUGGGGAGG